AUGCCGUUGUUCGAACGGGAUCGCUACCAGAGGCUGGACGGCGGGGGCGCUAGCGCCGGCACCACCCGCAGGCCGCCGCCGUUGUCGUCAUUCUACUCGUCGGCGACCCUCGUUGUCUUCGUGGCGCUCUGCCUCAUCGCCACGUGGAUGAUGGUGUCGUCCAACAACAUCGCGGUCACCGUAACGCCGGAGAACAACUCGGGCGCCAAGGACCAGGACGGGUCCAUCGACGUCGCGCAGGCGAGCGACGAGGUGGCAGACACUGGCAGGAACGAUGACGUCGCCGCCGCCGGCGGCACGCAGUCGACCGAGGACAGUGGGGACACUGGCAAGAAAGAUGAUGGAAGCAUGAAGGAGGACGCCGGAGACACCGGCAACAAAGAUGAUGGCAGCGGUGGCGACGGUUCACAGACGAAGGAUGACACUGAUGGGGGCACCGGCAUCAACAAGGACGAUGGCGCUGGCGCCGCGCAGACGACAGAACCUGUCACUACUGUCGGUAACGAUGUCAACCAGAGCGACGAUGGGGGGGGGAGAAUGGAUGCGACAGGCAACAGCACCGCCAGAGGCACGGACGUGGAGGACUCCAGCUAG